UACGUUUUUCUUUCUUCAAUUGAGAAAUUCAAAACUUCAAUCAGAAUUCUAGCAUGGUAUCAGAGCCCCUCUGAGCCAAUUUCGUCUCACAUUCUCGCUUCCGCAUCUCUCUCUUCUCUCUUCUUCGAGAUCUUGACAUCGUCCUCCUAUGGCGAUUCAUGAUUCUUCUUCUUCCGGCGACGAAGCCGCAAACCCUCACACUAGAGGUCGCCAGAGCAAUCCUGGUGUGAUUCUGUACAAGGGCGUUCCGAUCUCUGAUCUCGCCUCUCCCUUCUUCAUUGACCCGUCAGAGAAUUGGGGUCAAUGUCUUGUUUCUCAGCCUCUCACCGAGAACAAUUUCUCUAGCUGGGAAAGAUCCAUGGUUCUUGUCAUCGAUGGCAAGAACAAAUUAGGGUUUCUCAAUGGCAAAAUCCCGCAGCCACAUGACGAUUCUCCACUGCUCGAGCCCUGGAAUUGCAACAACAAAUUGCUUCUCAGUUGGAUUCAGAGGUCUGUGAACCCUACAAUUGCUGAAAGCAUUCUGUAUGUGACUACGUCUGUUAGUGCUUGGACCGAGCUUCGAGAGCAGUUCUCGCAAGGGGAUUCAUUUCGCAUUGCUGAUCUUCAAGAGGCGAUCUUCAAUCUCAAACAAGGUACAAUGAGUGUUUCUCAAUAUUACUCCAAGCAACGAUCUCUUUGGGAUCAGUUAGCAAACUAUCGCUUCAUUCCAGAUUGUGAUUGUGGAAUCAGUUGUCAUUGCAUUCUAGCUUCCUUACGCAAGGAUUACAUGAAUGACAAAGUGAUUAGGUUCUUAAGGAAUCUGAAUGAUAGUUUUAAUGGGCCUCGUUCCACAGUUAUGCUCCUAGACCUAUUGCCUCCCAUUAACAAAGUGUUUGCUAUGAUGGUGCAACACGAAAGGGAGAAUAACUUGUUGCCUAAACCACAGACUCAUCCUCCUUCUACUGGAGAUAGCAUGGCUUUCUUUACUAAAGUUGCAGGACAACAUUUGGGUAUUCAGGGCACUGGCCAAGGCUUCAAGAAACAAGGCAAGAAGCUUGUUUUCACCUUUUGUGGCUACUCUGGUCACACAGAGGAUAUAUGCUGCAAGAAGAAUGGUUACCCUCCUAGGUACCAGUCCAAAAAGAAGCAACAGCCUCCUCGCCAGGCAAAUAGUGUUUCUACUAAUCUUGCUCAAAAUUCCAAUGGAGCAGUGAUGAUCAAUCAGUCUGACUGGGAAAGCUUCCAGCAGAACUAUCAGAGGAUGCUUCAUCUCAUGCAGCCUUAAUCUCAGCAACCCACUUCUCUACAGCAGAAUACCCCACCUCAAUUUUCUCCUCCACAGCAGCAGCACUAUCAACCACCAUCCAGUUUUCAAGAAGCUUAUAAUGCUAAUAACCCAACACAUUAUUCAGCUUCUAAUGACAGUAAGGGAUCUGGUCAGCAUAACAUGAUUAGCAGAGCAAAUUCUGUUGUCUCUCACGGUUUUGAAACCACUGAACAAUCAGGUAUCAUUCAUUAUGCUAUGAAUGUGAAUUGCUUACUUAAUGAUAAAUGAUUCUAGACACU